CUAAUUUUCUUCCCGCUGCCCGCUGGUGGCCUGCUGCCUUCGCUUCGAUCCAUCCCAAAUUCCAUCACCGCCAACACCUCCCCAUCUCUUCCAAGCAAGGCGCCACGGCGCCACGCCAAGCAACCUUUCCAAACCCCCCGCAUCAGUUCUGGAACCUUCUAAAACCCAAACCCCUCUCCAUUCCUCGCUGACCCCCUCCUCCACCUAGGGUUCGGCCUCCGGUUUCACCGCCCGCGCGCGAUGGGGAUCGGGCGGAAGCGGCGGCGCGGGGACGGGGAGCUGGGCCGGGUGGCGGAGAUCGUGAUGGUGCUGGCGACCGCGGGGAAGGCGCGGGGGGGCUGGGCCCCGACGGCGGCGGAGAACGCACUCGCGGCUGAGGCGCGGGGAGCGCUGGUCGCCGCGGUGAUGGGGGAGGUGGAGCUGCGGCCCAGGGAGCUGUUCCCGCGUGAGGCGGUGCGCUCGCUCGUCGAGGACCUCGGGCUCACCCGCGCCAGGGAUCCCGCGGUCUUCGGGUAUCGCCCGCUCAAGGCCUCCAUCGCAGAUAGGGUCCGUCUCACCAAGCGUAAGAUGGAAGGGAAGGAUGAUUUUGCCCCUUCAACUACUGUCCCUAAAAUGACAGCCUCAAGUGCAAGAAACGGAUUGCAGCAUGGAGCUUCUAAGGUCACCACUGGAUCAUCCAAGAAUCUCUCAACCCCAAUGGUAUCCCAAGUUAUCUCGAAGCAGCCCCUGUUAAAUAGAACAUUAGCAGGAGCAUCGUCUGUAAAAUCACCUAGCAAUCCUUCUGCUGUUUUGCUGCCAACAGGAUCUGCAGAUUUCAAAAAGCAAAUUGUUGUUAAUGGUUCAGAUUCCACACAAAAUCGAGAGUCAAAUCAAUCAGGUCAUCACACUACCAGUGCCAAUCAAAGUUCCUUACAGAGUUCCUGUGAAGCAGAGAAAUCUGUGGACAAAAAGGGACCUGCUGUUCACCCGGUGACAUCAAGUGUUGUUAUGGGGUAUCAAGAUCCUAAGAAGAAAUUACCUAUUCAAAGACAAUCAAUCUUCUCCAAUCACAAGGCAAUAGCAAAAAAUGUUGAACGGAUUCUGCACCGACCUGCUAAUCACUCUAGCUGGACUGUGCCUUCAACUGAGUAUAUGAAUACUAGACUGGACUGUCAGAUAUGUAAAGUUGCUAACAUGAAUAUGGAAAGUUUGCUUGUUUGCGAUGCCUGUGAGAGGGGCAUGCACUUAAAGUGCCUUCAGUAUUAUGGGAAUCAAGGCCUGCCAAAAACUGAGUGGUAUUGUCCAACAUGUGUGGCCCAUUGUAAGGGCAAACCCCUCCCUCCAAAAUAUGGCAAGGUUACAAGAACUAUAGUUGCACUAAAGACUUGUAUGAUUGGUGGUGCACAGCCUUCUCAUGUAGGAGCAGAAAACCCAACUGAAACAGGUGGCACUAGUUGUAGUAAAAAUCUAGCACGAAAUGGAAGUGUCAUCAAUCAAAACACCAACAAAGUUGGCAGCCAUGUGUGCAAGAGUGGUACAUUGGAUUUAGAUGCUGGUUCAAAAUCAGCAUCAAUCUCUGGUGCUGAACCUCAAAAGGAAAAUGUUAAAUAUCAGGAAACCUCAUCUGUAGAAAAGGAAGGAAAUAGCGUGCCUUGUGGUGGCAUGCCUACAGAAACUGCAACAUUAUACAAUGGAGAUCAAACUAACAGAGCAUCAACAUAUGGUUCUGGCAAUCUGUCAGGGGGGUCUCAUAUGCAUAUCAAGAGCAAUUCUGCAAAUCCAGUAAAUUAUUCCAAUCGGCAGUCUACAGAACCUUCUGGCUUGAAACAUACAUACCAUUCUUUUAUUGUUUCUUCUGUAGAGACUUGCGAAAGCACCAGAACACCUUUCCGACAUCCAAGCGAAAAUGUACAGUUGCCUAGCACUCGAACAUCAACUGAUGAAAUACAUCAAGCAGAUGGGGUCACUAAAGAUGGGAUAGGAAAGCCACGUAAACUCAAAAUUAUGGCAGAUGAUACCGUCACAAACCAUGACAAUGCUCAUCAGGUGACUUCAAAUGGACACAUCUAUUCUAAGCAUGAAAUUGUAGGGGAUUGUAAUGAUAGAUACGUAGGUUGCAGCACAGCCAGUAUUGUGGGUUGGGUUGGUGAUGGCCUCAAAUCUAUUGACAACAAGACUUAUUAUAACUCUUGUAACAUUGAUGGCAUAAUAUACAGUCUUCAUGAUCAUAUUUUGAUUGCCAUUGAAGGUAACAAGUGCAGUCCGUGUAAGCUGCAGUCACUAUGGGAAGAUCAUGACUCUGGUUCUAGACUGGCUAUGGUCAAUCCUUAUUUGUUAGGCUCCGAUCUUCCACAAUCUAUUAGCAAGCCAUGUGUUGAAGAGGAUGAGGUAUAUGGUUCAAAUGAUGAAAGAACUGUAUUAGUUUCCACUAUUUGUGGCCCUUGUGAGGUACUUCAUGCUGACAAGUUUAGAGAAGAGUCCAAGAGAAGAUGUCAGUUAGACAGUUCAGGUUGUAGGUUGCAUCCAAUUUUCUUUUGCAGGUGGAAUUAUGAUGAAUCCACAAGCAGUCUGUAUAAAGAUUACAAUGUUGACAAUUAAGUAGUUUCUGACAUUCUUUGUUUUUUGAAGAAUUAUACAUCGUUAUUUUCAAUGGCAAACCAAGGGAUUAGCUGAAAUCAGGUUUGUGGCCUGUAAAGUUUGUAAGAUGGGGUGUGGCUAGAAGAGGGUUGUUGGCUGGCCCUAUUAUUGCUAUGUCAUAUCUGUCCGUAUAUAUUCCUUUUCUGUAAUUAGCUUGAGUCUAGUUUUUUUAAAAAAAAAAAUUCCUUCUCUGGUUGCUCGAUAAUAGCUAUUAUUACAUUGUUUUGGGGUGCGGUUGAUUGCUACCAAAUCCUGCUUGUUGGUACAGGCGAAGUUGUUUCCGUAGAACUUUGGUGAGUGCCUGGGGGGAAUUUAGUGGUUUGCCUGCUGCUCCUGCAUUCAGCUGUUCCCUUAUAUCGCACCCAGUGAAAUUAUUGAUGCAAGUGCGCUCGACAUGAUCCUGGAGUUAAUUAGUUCUUU